AUGUGGCUCUGGGGAGCUGACCAUAUCAUUGACGAUCCUGAUCUUAUUGAUACAAACAACAGCAUGGUUCAACCCUCCAUCCACAUUGCUCGCGGCUUUCUCAUCGAAAGCACAAAGCCCACCUGGCUUUACGGCACAGCAUCCGAGCACUCCGUCUUCUAUCAGUACAAUUUCCACUCGGUGGCCAACAUCUACGUUGGCAUGCUGCAGACGGAAUCGCCGUACUACCAACCGACGCCACCCCCGCCAGCCCCCUUUGCCGCCGUUUGGUUCUCGACCUAUGACCAAAGCUGCAUUGACACGCAGGAGUGCCAAAAGGCGCUCAUGCUGCUCAAAGGCAACUUUGCCAAUAUCCGCAUCCAGAACCUCGUGACGAUCGGUGCUAAGUAUAUGGCCAUUAUGGAUGGUGAGGGUAUCCCGGUCGUUGAUAACCUCAACGUCGACGUGCACCCUGACUGGUCUCACAUCAGCGUUCUUGACGUUGGCAGCAACGGCACCACCCGGUUCGACGAGGUUAUCUGGGUUGACCCCAUCAUCUGGGAGAUGGACCAGCCCCAGUUUACAUGCUCUCCGCCCUGCAGCGUUAAGAUUCCACCGUGGACUGGUGCGACUAGUGUUGUUGAUUACCCCCUUAUUACUGUCAGCUCAGGUAGCUGGACCAGCACCAUUACGCAACCCCCGCUGACUAUUACGGAAUGGGUCUUCGAGGUGGUCACGCUCAGUCAGGGCGCCGCCGGCGCCAAGGAGAAACGCGCUGCCGACGCGUUCUGGCCUGUCCCGGCGACGACGCCCUUCUGGCCGGCCGUCGUGUAUACUGACACGGACGGGAGGGCGACAACGACGUCUGCUACCGUGCCGUUCCCCGACCCUCCAGCAUCCAUCGGCCCUGACGCGCUGGCGCCGCCCUCAGGUAGCUGGCCUAAGCGUGCGGUCCAGCCGAUGUUUGACUCGGGCACGGAGGGCCCAUUGACGAACGAGUGCUCCUUCCUCAACUUCAAUGACCCGAAUUGCGUCACGCAGCCGUGGUUCUGGGGCAACCUGACGGGCGCGCCCGACGGCGGCGACAUCGAGAACCUAUGGGACCUGCGGACGAAAUGUCCCCCCGUGCAGGGCGACCCGCGGGAGAACUUGGUUAAGUGCUACAACAGCGGCGAGAUGACCGAGGACGUACGGAUGCAGGCUGAGGCAGCCAGCUUCUGCGGCAACAUUGAGCACGACAAGCUGGUCCCUAGAUAUUUCCAGUCUAUGGAUUUCCCGUUUAACUACAACGGCGGGCUUGGCACAGUGACCAUCACUAUCUCGAUGCAGGCUAAUUGA